UCUGCUGCCUGCCGUCCGCUCUCUCUAUGGUGUCCCUUGCAAAAGCCCCCAGUUGCUGGGGCUCCAGCGCCCUGGUUGCACAAGGGAGAGGUUGAUAUCGAGGGAGUAACAUACCUGCUGUUUCCCAGCAAGACAGUCUCCUAGUUCAGAGACCCCCAACCUGCCCAGGGCACCCUGACCGGGAGGAUAGACCUUCCCCUCCCCAAAGAGCUGGGGGGACCCCCCAUUUCAGGGGGCGCAGCGUAGAGCAAAGCAGUAGCUCAGACAAAGAAACAUAGUUACAGAGUGGAGAAGUCCAGCUCAAAGAACAGAAUUAUUCAGGCUGAAUCAUUCAGGAUUUGGGUUUCUACUUCUAAAUUUGAGACAGCAAAUUGCACAACCACAGGCAGUGGGGAGCAACUGGCCUUUAAAGAAUUAAGAGCCUAGCCAGCAGGCAUCAACAGUCAGCCGUGUAGUUAGUGUUGCGACAUCCACAGUCGAUACUGUUUUAUCUAUCGCCUAAACUGUGCUGCAGUCACACUAGUGCGAGGUGAAAUGGCAGAACCCGAAAAGAAAGAGAUUCAAAGUUUGUCCAGUACAAUCAAUAAAUUCUUUGUAAACGCUGAUACCUAUGAAGAAGAACACAUAUGCAUGGCUGAAUUGCUUUUAGCAUAUCAUGGAGUUAAGCACCACCACGGCUACCAUUCUCAAGAUUGUGGAAAUAAGCUGUACCCCUCCAUUUUCGCUGAUUCCAAGAUCGCGUCCAAAAUUCACUGUGGAAGGAGAAAAGCGGAGGCUUUGAUUGAAAAUGUAUUAGCACCCCAUUCAUUGAAGCUGGCUGUGCAAGACAUUGGAUCAAUAUCGUUCUCAAUAGUGACAGAUGCUUCUAAUAAAGGGAACACAAAAUUAUUCCCAGUUGCUGUACACUACUUUAAUAAAGAUAAGGGAAGCUGCACAUGUAUCAUAGACUUUUUGGAGGAUGCAGAUGAGACAUCAGAGGCAAUCGCAAACAACUUACAAAGUUGUCUUCAAAAUGCCGGUCUGAUACAUAAUAAAAUUGUGGCAUAUGGAGUAGACAACGCAUCUGUCAAUUUUGGAAAACACAAGUCUGUUUUGGUGCGCCUAAAACAAAUGUUAGAUUUACCAAACCUUGUGCCAGGGCAUUGCAGCACUCACAUAGUACACAAUACGGUGAAACAUGGCUUGAAAAUGCUCUCUUAUGAUGUAGAGAACUUGGUCAUCAAGGUUUUCAGUGAAUUCUCAUCCUGUGCAAAGAAUAUUAGUGAACUUAAAGAGUUCCUUGACUUCAUGGAGACAGAAUAUUCAGAAAUCUUAUGCCAUGUACCUACACGUUUUUUGACCCUUUUCACUGCCGUUGACAGGUUACUGAAGAAUUGGCCUGCUCUCAAGUCUUACUUUGUGAGCAAAGGAGAGGAAACAGUGAGCUGUGCAAUAUGGGCCUUUCUUUCUGAGCAGGAGGACACAGUAUCCAAUGAUGAUAUUACACUUCCAGAACUGUACAUCUACUUUGUGCACAGUAUUAUGAGCCAAUUUAACAACACCAUAAAGGUUCUUGAAAGUGAUUACAUUCAGGUAACUGAACUGUAUGCUAUAUUCAACAAGCUGAGAAGAGAGAUUCAGAUUCGACAAGAACAAGGCUUCUAUGGAUACAAGGUGACACAGUUCUUGAAGAAACUGCCGCCUAACAAGCAGAAUAAAUUUGUUGGAGAUGCCCAACAGGUUUACACACGCAUGCUACAAUACCUGGAAAAGUGGUUUGAUUUCAGCGAAAACUCUUUCUAUGUGUUGUGUGCGCCACUCAAUCUGGACAGACCUCUUGAACUAGACAAACUGUGUGCUUUGACUACAAACUUGGGCAUUAAAGUGGAUGGCGGUGAACUAUUUACAGAAAUGUGUACGCUGAAUGAUGUGCUACCAACCCUAAAGAGUUUGACAAAUUAUGCUGAAUUGACAUUGCGUCAGGAGCAACAUCAUCGAAUCAGUGUCUCUGAGGUAUGGGUAGAAUUCUUUAAGCACUGGGAAGCCCCAAACUUACUUAAAAUUGUGCAGCAUGUGCUUGCUAUACCACCCAGCAACGCAUUUGUGGAAUGUAUUUUCAGUGUUAUGAAGAACUUGUGUACUGAUGAAAGGAGUGAGCUCCAAGUGGACCUGGUGAAAGCUCAGCUAUUCGUGCACUUCAACUAUAAAAUGACAUGUGCUGAGUUUGCUGGAUUUUUGAAGACAGAAGCAGUUAAAGAGCUUGUGGUGGCAGCAAGAAAAGAACAGAAGUAUAAAUCAGGUGAGGGGAUGUUAAGUGAGAAUGUGGAAGAGAAUCCUCAGCAGGAAGAUCUAGAGGAAGUUGAAACUCAUGUUACAUUAUUGGGAAAAUCUGAAGGGACUGUGUCCUGGAGUCCAGAGCAUGGAAAAGCUGGUGGAUGUCAGCACAGGCCAGAGAGACAGCAGAGAAACCAGUCAGGGAAGAAAGUGGGUAAAUCCACUCAAUGUGAAGGUGGUUUGAAUAAUCUUAGUAAAAACAUGAUGCACCAGAAAUUCUCCAAAGGGGAGGGAAAAAACACAUGCACCGAGUGUGGGAAAAGCUUCAGUCGGAAUUUACACCUUAUUAUACAUCGCAGAACCCACACAGGAGAAAGACCUCAUAAAUGUCUUCAGUGUGGGAAAAGCUUUAUUGACAACCCAACCCUGAAAAUACAUCAGCGAAUCCACAUGGAAGAAAAGCCAUAUAAGUGCCCUGAUUGCGGGAAAAGCUUCAGUGAGAGACCACACCUUAUUGGCCACCAGAGAAUCCACACAGAAGCCAAAACUUUCAUAUGCUCUCAGUGUGGGGAAACCCUCUGUAACUGGUCAGCCUUUCUUAGACAUGAGAGAAUCCACAACGGAGAGAGACCUAAACCUUAUCACUGCCUCGAAUGUGGGGAGAACUUCUGUGAUAGGUCAGGUCUUAGUAGGCAUCAGAGAAUUCACACAGGAGAGAAACCCUAUAUCUGCCUGGACUGUGGAAAAAGCUUCAGUCGGCGCUCAAACCUUACCAGGCACCAAAAAGUUCACACUGGGGAGAGACCCUAUAAGUGCCUCAAGUGUGGGAAAAGCUUCAGUCGGAGAUCAACCCACAGUAGACAUCUGAGAACCCAUUGGGGAGAAAGUGAAUAAAUGCCCUGACUAGGGCUGGCUGAAGUGAAUUAUACUGAAGCAGUUGCACCACUACAGCUAAAGUUGAAACUAGCUUCCUUUUUAACUGCCAGUUUUUCUGUGUGCUCUAAAAUCUAAAAUGUGGACUUGGAUUGUCUUGAAAAUUGCUGUGCCUCAUCUGGGCCGGGGGCAGAGCUAGCAAUGUGUGGUGUUCAUUUGGUCUAGGGGUUCCUCAGAUACAGCUCUCCAGGUAAGGAGCUGCUUUUACUAUUCAGAUAGCUCUGAAACCCUGUGCCAACUUAACCCCCAUGAAAAGCAGGAAAUAUAACUUUAAAGUACACGCUACCCCCACAACAUAACCUUAACUCUGCCCUCUUUGAGCGAAGUCCCAGCAUACCAGUAACACACAUUAGCUCUCUACCUUUACAGAUGCUACAGACCACUUCAGGAACAGAGCACUGAUGAGCAGUGUAGGACAAAUUCUGCCACCUUCUCUGGAAGGAAAGACCCUGGGGUAGGUCAGGCAUAGUGAGCAGCUACCACUUACACUCAAAAACUGAGCGUACUCUCCACAAACCACCCCAGAAUUUCAAAAUAUUCCCAUGCCUUCACCCCUGCCCUGAGGAUUCCUUGAGACAGGGCUUUCAUUGACCCUGCAGUAAGCCCUGGAGACCUGAUGACAUAUGCCAGCAGAUUGCUGGCAAUCUCCAGGGCUACACUCCCUUGUGCAUUUCUACUGACACAGCCUACAGAAUUCAGCACUGCAAUGAAGCAUAAUUGAUCCUUUUAAAGCACACCUGCACCUCUUCUCCUAUCACACUGACAGCUCUGCCAACCCGCUCCAGCUAAUCUCUUCACCAUUCAAUACAGCUAUGCCUCACACAGUGAAGGUAGACGAGUGCAUGCACAACACAAGCAAUGGUACAUUUUCUUAGUCCUUCAUGUCUGCUUAUUAUGGCAACACAGUUAUUGAACCAUUCUCCGUGGCUAUUGCCAGCUGUAAGGGGGCAGAGUUAAGGUUGCAUUGUGGGAAUGACAUUUACCUUCAUUUCUUAGUUUUUAGAGGUGUAAGAUUAGCCACUCUCCACAUUGUGGAAGGGCACAAGGCAGCACUGGACAACCUUAGCUCUGCAUUAACUAAAGUUUUGAACACUUAAUAUAUUUGCUGAUUCCACAAAUGUCGUCACUGUUUGACUUUUCAGUGACUGCUUUCCCGUCUCUGGUGUUAGGAGACAGCAGUCAGCUCCCAUCUGCUCAGCCCUCCUCUGGCUCUGCCUGGUUUAGCAAAGAAUCGCUGAUCAGCACCUCUACCCUGCUGCCAUCCAUCUCUGUCUCAGCUGAAAUCUUCUACCUCAUCUUACCUGGUUCCCUAGCCAGUGUCCUAUGGACUGGUAUCUGAGGAACUUUUCAUACCCUUUAUUCACAAAGAAGCUUAGGGACCUGAGGCAAUCCAGUAUGAAGGGACUAGGAGAGAUGGGUGAUGGGCAGGGAAGAGCCUUUGUUUGAGCACAGGGGGAUGGGAACCACGGGAUUGAGUGUGUGAUUCAGCAAGUGAUGGUCAUUACAAAGAGGAGCUGCAGCCGUAGGCAACACCCAGAGAAGAAGCAAAGACAGCAUUUGCCCAGCUGCAGAUGGCUCACAGUUACAGAUCUGGUAGCCCCUGUAGCUGCCAAUUACUUGGAGAGAGAUGGGCAUUCAGGCUCAGGGAGUUCAGUCAGAGCCCUAAAGUGCUCUCUCAUGUUGCAACAUUUGGUUAAGACCCCAUCAGAGUGCAGUAAACUCAAGGGGAAAUUAACGAAUUGCUGGUGGUUCUGCCUAAUGUAAGACAUUUCAAGAGCAAUUAGAGAACAGUUCUAAAGUAAUUCUCUGCAUUUGGGAUUGGCAACAUGGUAUCCCAGUGGAUCUGCGUGUGUGUGUGUGAAAAACAGGAUCUGGAUUAUAUAAAUCGAUGGGGAGAUAAUUUUGACAUUUAAAUAAAAUGCAGUUAUUGUCCUA